CUCUCAUCCUCUUCCCACUUUCACAGUUUCACAAAGCAAAACCAGCAAGCAGCCUAACCCUAUGGUUCUCCAAUGACCACGUUCACCAACUCGGCGAGUCGACUCACUCUCCCCUACCAACCAACCCCUCUCAAUUCCCAGAUCCCUCAAAACCCACUAAAGAACCCAUCUUUACCAUCUUCCACAAUCCCUAAUGACCUCCACAUAGCCCAAAAUGUUAAACCCCAUCAAAACCCCAACUCUCCUUCACCUCAGAACCUUCCAAUCUCUAUUGGGUCCUCACCAUUUUCCCAAACUUUCAUCAAGAACCAAGCUUUUCACCCAUCCCUGUCACUCCUUCCCAAACCCUUUCCCAAACUUGGUCUCCAAAAUCCGUGACAUUUUGAGUGACCCCAAAUGGGAAAAAAGCUCAGAGCUUUUGGGUCUGAUCCAAAAUCUCAGAACCUAUCACAUGUUGAAGAUUAUUCAGACUCACAGGAACACAGACUCGGCUUUGAGAUUCUUCUUCUGGGUUUCGAGGAGAAAACCUUACAAGCAUGACAUGAGCUGCUUUGUUUCAAUGCUGGAUAGGCUUGUGAGGGAGAAGCUUUUCGGGCCGGCAGACCAUGUAAGGCUUUUGCUUGUUAAAGCUUGUAGGAAUGAGGAAGAGCUUAAAUGGGUGAUUGGGUAUUUGAAUGAAAAGAAAAGAACUGGUUUUGGGUUUACAUUGUAUAGUUUCAAUACGCUUUUGAUUCAGUUGGGCAAGUUUGAGAUGGUUAGCGAAGCUCAAAAUGUGUAUAAUGAGAUACUAAGUAGUGAGGUUAAGCCGAGUUUGUUGACAUUUAAUACUAUGAUCAAUAUAUUGUGCAAGAAGGGCAAGGUUCAGGAAGCAGAGUUGAUUUUGAGCAGGAUUAUGCAGUAUGAAAUGUUGCCGGAUGUUUUUACUUAUACAUCGUUGGUUCUCGGGCAUUGUAGAAGUGGUAACUUAAAUUUGGCAUUUGAGGUAUAUGAUCGGAUGGUGAAGGCGGGUUGUGACCCGAAUUCAGUUACGUACUCAACACUUAUUAAUGGGUUAUGCAAUGAGGGGAGGGUGGAUGAGGCACUGGAUAUGCUUGAUGAAAUGAUAGGGAAGGGGAUUGAACCCACAGUUUAUACUUACACUGUCCCAAUUACUUCACUUUGUGAGGCAAAUCGACCAUUGGAAGCAAUUAGGCUUUUCGGAAGUAUGACGAAGAGGGGUUGCUGUCCGAAUAUUCAUACUUAUACAGCAUUGAUCAGUGGGUUGUCUCGGACAGGGAAACUCGAAGUUGCUAUUGGACUCUAUCACAAACUGUUGAAGGAUGGUAUGGUUCCAAGCAUGGUUACCUUCAACACAAUUAUGAAUGAAACAAUUGAGGCAGGAAGAUAUGACAUGGGUCUGAAGAUUAUUUAUUGGAUGGAGAGACAUGGUUAUGGUAUCUCGGAAAAUACCCGAACACACAAUCAUAUCAUCAAGGGCUUAUGCUUGAUGGGUAAGAUUCACAAUGCGAUGGCUCUUUUAAGCAAAAUGCUUAAAGUGGGACCGUCUCCAAAUGUGAUUACAUAUAACACAUUGAUCAAUGGAUACCUCAAUAGAGGUAAUCUAAACAAUGCUCUGAGGUUAUUAGAGUUGAUGAAAGGGAGAGGAUGUAAACUAGAUGAGUGGACGUAUACCGAAGUUAUUUCUGGGUGUUGCAAGGCGCACAAGUCUGAAUUUGCAUUUAAUCUUUUCCAUGAUAUGUUAAAACAGGGCAUUAGCCCAAAUCAGGUCACUUACAACGUUUUGAUUGUUGGAUGCUGUAAUGAGCGGAAGGUAGAUGCUGCCUCGUCAUUUUUCAAGCAAAUGGAAGAGAAUGGUUGCUCUCCAGAUAUUGAAAGCUACAAUGCCAUUAUACAUCGUUUGUCAAAAGACAGUCAGUUUGCUAAAGCCAAGCUACUGUGUAAAAAGAUGGUGGAUCAAGGACUGCUUCCGAAUGUCAUUACCUACACAUCUUUAAUUGAUGGCCUCUGUAAGAAUGGUAGUACUGACCUUGCGUUCAGGAUUUUCCAUCAAAUGAGAGAAAGAGAUUGCUUGCCGAACUUGUACACUUAUAGUUCACUUGUUUUUGGGUUAUGUCAAGAAGGCAAGGCUGAUGAUGCUGAGAGGUUACUUGAAGAAAUGGAGAGGGAAGGAUUGGUUCCUGAUGUGGUAACAUUUACCACGCUCAUUAAUGGUUUUGUUAUGCUUGGUAGGCUAGAUCAUGCACUCUUACUUCUUAAGCGAAUGGUUGAUGUUGGCUGCAAACCCAACUAUUUUACUUUUACUGUGUUGGUCAAAGGGUUGCAAAGGGAAAGUCAGUUACUCACAGAAAAGGUUGUGGGCCUUGUCGCGCAACAUGAAGCACACUGUGGUUCCAGCUCUGACAAGAGAUUCAACUUUUUUGAGAUAUUAUGUAAUCUCCUAGCUAGGAUGUCAGAGAAUGGAUGUGAACCAACUAUUGAUACCUACAGUAUUUUAGUGAGAGGCUUGUGUGAAGAUCGCAAAUAUGAUGAAGUAGAUCAGUUGGUGGAGCAUAUGAAAGAGAAAGGCCUGUAUCCCAGUGAAGAGUUUUACAGGCCUCUAUUCUUUGCUUAUUGCAUAAACUUAAAACUGGACUCUGCUCUGGAAAUCUUUGGCUUGAUGGCAGAUAGAGGCUUUAAGGUUAACUUUUCAACCUAUACAGCACUUAUUUGUGCUCUCUGCAGGGCAAAUCGGAUGGAAGAAGCUGAAACGUUGUUGAAAAGUAUGCUAGAAUGCCAGUGGAAUGCUGAUGAGAUUGUUUGGACUGUAUUAAUCGAUGGGUUACUGAAAAAAGGGCAGUCAGAUCCAUGCAUGCAGCUUCUUCAUGUUAUUGAAUCUCAAAACUGCAGUCUCUGGGUCGAGACAUAUGCUAUCUUGGCCAGAGAACUUUCUCAAGUAAACAAAACUAUGGCGACUUCUCAAAUUGCUGACAGAGCGAUAGAUUUAGAAGUACAUUGAUCAUGGUUUCAUUAUACACAUGAAGACACAAAGCAUUCUGUGGUCUUCAGGAGGAGAUCUGGUAAAUGAGAUCCAUUGCCAACAAAUCCAAAUGAAACCUUUUUCCGCCUGAGCUGUUGAUAUUCUUCAUCUGUGACCAGUUUGCAGCUUGCUCAUACAUAAAUGUUGAUGGUUGGGUGCACCAUGCACCAAUCGGGUAUUUCUGGUGGUUGGCUUAGGGUGUUCUGUGCAUAGCAAAGUGUCAAAAUUACGGCUUCGCCACGUGGCACGAUAAAGAAAGGUGAUGCAGCUUGGAUGUUCUCAUUGGAAAGCUUCCUAAUAACUUAUGACAAGAAGAUGUUAAGGUACACCUUGUUUGACUCCUACACUGGAUUAUUUCGUAGUCAUAUAACUCACAGAAUUGAUUCAUUGUAUUCUUUACACCAAGAUUCAUUAAUAAAAUAUACUCAGGUUACAGUAGUAUAUGUUGAGGCCUGAUUUAGUAACAAUUUUUGUUUUCGUUUCUUUUAAUUUUAAUUUGCAUUCUAUAUAUUUCCCUUAACACUUCUCUCCUCUCUCAUAUUAUUCUUAUAAAAUAAAAGGAAACUAAAUAUUAAAUAAUCCUUUGGAUCAUUGGCUACUGCUCAAUUGUGUUGUCGAUAUUACCAGUUUGUUAUAAAUCAUCAACAAAAGUUGUUUACAGUUGCAACCUGAUUUAAACUGAUAGUUUUUAUGAUUCAGGGAUUCCCAGAUGCUGAUCAUUAAUAGUUGACAUGAGGAUAUUCAUUAAAGUAGACAUAGUUAGUGAGGUCAUUUAUAUAAAGCUCAAUUUGCACCAAGACUUUUUAGAAUGAAAUGCCAAGUUCCAUAUUACUGAACAAGCUUACCACUUUUUGAGCUUGCCUCAAGUUGUUCUAAUAUUGCUAAGGUUGAGAACUACUGCUCGAUGUACAUCGAAUUCUUGGGUCAAGAUGAGCUCAAGUUCAGUAGUCUCUGUAAGUAAAGGGGAAAAAUUACCUACAUCAAUAAGAGAAAGUUAAAGUUCCCAAUGAACAUAAUACAAAGGUCACUACGUCCUGCGAUGGUGUUGGCUUUUUGACUACCACCUAGCUAAAAGCAUAAUUUCCCAUAUACUGUAUUCCACAAUUGGAUGAAGUUUUCUCCUUUUCUUAUCGUGUCAGUGGCCUCUUGAAUCUUUGUGACUCUGGGCAUUCUUUGUUUUUCUUUUCUAAUUCGCAAUUGAUAUGUAGUUGGAGCUCUUUCUGUUCCUCCUUAUUUUGUCUAGAGUCCUUGUAAUUCCAUUAAUUUAUGAUAUAAUAUAUUUUUUUUGGCUUAAUAUUGGUGGCUUUUGAUUGGUCAGUCUCUUAUGCUGCUUGAUAUUGUUUGCCUAGUCUGAAACUCUGAUCACAGAAGGACGAGAAGCCAUUUGGUCUUGUAUGAGCGGCUUUCUUUCCCAACAGUAUUAAUUCUAUCAUGUAAUUGAAAAUUUAUUUCUGCAAUUCUAAUUGAACCUGCAGUGAUUGAAGUCUUAUAAAACAGAUGUUUUUCUCAACAGAAUAACCAUUACUCUUAUAUUAUUGGUGUCUUGGGUUCAAGUGUUUGGUUUCAAAGGAAGAAACAAAGAAUGCCAACCACUAUGGCAAAUGUAUUUCUUUUGUUGAUUGUCCAUGGGUUGCUCAAGACUAUAACAACCCACACUAUUAUAAUUUCCACAGUAGCUAGUCUCUCUCAAGUUUGUUUUUUCUCUUUGUAGCAAAGAAAAAUUUCGGUCUUUUCUUCUGAAACAACAUGAUCAAAAUGUAAUAUAAUGUUUAUUUAGUUAUGCAAAAUCAUUGAUGAUAGAUAUCUUACUCAACUUGUUUGGUUACUUGUACCAAAACAAUCAAGGCCUUGCGCACGUCAAUGUAUUGACUGGAUAGAAUUUUCUGUUACACUUGCCACAGCCAAUUGUAGGGAAGAUUUUUCUCAUUUUCAGAGACAUUCGUAGAUACAAACUGGUUGUAUCUGUCCAAUCACAUACUAGGUUGCAUGAUGAGGAAGUAAAAAAUUAUAGUUGUAUUUUUUUUUUUUAGAAUUAAAAAUUAUAGUUGUAUACUACCAGUUAUAUCGAAGAUUUUCUCCAGUUUUUGCCCACAGGGCUGUAUUGUUUUGUGUAUAGAUUCUGUGUAAUUUUCUUUUUUACCUGCAUACUGUUUUACUGAUUACCUGUCCCAUAGACCCAAAAAGUAGAAUCAACAUGAAAGAUUUACUCAAUUUUUUUUUUUUUUUUGAAAUUUACUCAAUUACUUCUCUCAGUUUUGAAGUGAUUGAGUAUACUUAAAGAUCUAAAAGACAAACAGAGAUGUUUCGUGUGCUUCAUAUUUUAGUGCUAGCCUUUCUUACCCAGCUGCAUAUACAAAGUGCAUGAAAUGUGCAAACUCAUCAAGGAUUCCUUUCCAUUUUGCCAUGUGCAAGAGUCUCAAUCAAAAACAUCAUCCCUCCAAAUAUAUUCCUUCUCACCCUUGUCUUGUCUUUUCUAUAUAAACCCCAAACCUCUCACUUCAUGAACUCCAUCUUCAAAAGCCAGAGAAUAGAAAGGUACAAAAGAAUCAAUAUUCACCCAGAGGCCCCCCAGAGAUAAAUCAGAGCCAUCGAUGCCAACACAGUCUUAAAAGACAAUAAGACACAAAGCAUUACCUAAUUAUUGAUUCCUCUAAACUCUCUUCCAAAUGCUACUUCCAUUUUCGAUUUGGACUCACUCUCUUGCUCUCUUCCUCUUUCAUAAAGUCCUUUUGCCUAACCAUCCACCAACCCAGCCUUCUCUAGAUUAGCCUUUCAGCCCUUUCUCCUUGGAAUUUUGCAGCACAGCAGCUGAUUCGUUUUUGUAUUACAUCAUCAUAAAAUCACUUGGAAAGUCCCAUUUUGCGUAUUUAAGUGCUAAACACAACACAACCCAUUUUCUAUAUAAACACUUUGAGUUCAUUUAAGCCCUUCACUACCAAUCAUAGCCUAAACCAAACAAAAGACCACCCACCCUUUACUCUUCAAACUCUUCUUCUUCAAUGGGUAGGCACAGCUCUGAUCCGAUUAUGGUUAGUUCUUCCAUUGCUCUCUUGCAAGAGAGGUUCAGACAGUUGCAGAAAGUGAAGGAGAGGAGGGAGGAGCAACAGCUUCUGCAGUUUUUGUCCGAGACAGAAAGGGUUGCACCCUCAACGAGGCAUUUUGAGCCUGCAAGGCCCUCUUUCCAAUCCGAUAUGGUGCUUCCUCUCAGGCCGUGUACUCCUGCAGCAGACUCAUCACUCUCUCUGGGGCUCAAUUUGCAGCCUAAACAAGUUGAUUAUUGUGUCAUGAAGACUGCACAUCCAUUCUCAACCUCAUCAACCACAACAAGUGCUUCAAGAAAAUAUGACAAUUCAGAGCUUGAUACCUCUCUUCAUCUGUAAACAGAUCAUCCUGCCUCCACGAUCUUUAUGGCUUCUCCAUGUUAUCUUUUUUCCUUUCUUUUUCUUUGUUCUUUGUAUGUAAUAUUAGAGUAUGUAACUAAAUAUGACUGAGGUUUAUUCAUCUAAAUAAUGGAAGAAAUAAAAGAAGGAAUGGAGGAGCAGUCUGUUGCCCUUCUCUCCAUUUUUGGCCCUUUAAUGGUUUUGCUUGACCAAAUUAAGAAAUAAUAAGACUUUAGAAAGAUUUACAAUCAA